ACGCUGGAGUUUGUUGACAUGACUAGAAGGACGUUAACAUGACCGCCGCGGUGGUGUUGGUGCUUUCCUUGGCCUUCAUGGCCGUAUCGGGGAAUGAGGUGAAAAUCCCUCCGCAUGAGGAAGUAGCGCGAAUGGCGCGGUUCGUCGUUAACAAGUGCGACUGGGCCUCCAUGGCCACCAUCUCCACGCACGAGCCCGUGAAGGGGCAGCCGUUCUCCAACACCUUCUCCAUCAGCGACGGAGCGCUGGGCAACGGCACCGGCACCCCCUACAUGUACCUCACACACCUGGAGAUCUCCGUGCAGGAUCUGCAGGUGAAUCCACAGGCCUCCUUGUCUGUAUCUCUCGCUCAGACACGUUUCUGCAAGCACAAAGGUUACGACCCCCAGAGCCCCCUGUGUGCCCACAUUAUCCUGUCUGGCUCUGUACAGGAGGUGAAUGGUACAGAAGCUGAAUUUGCGAAGAAGGUGCUGUUCAGCAGGCAUCCUGAGAUGAUCGACUGGCCUGUUGACCACAACUGGUUCUUUGCUAAGAUGGCAGUGAGCCAGGUUUGGGUGUUGGACUACUUCGGAGGGGUGAAGAUGGUGUCGCCUGACGACUACUACAAAGCUACACCAUUUUGAAGCCUCUGAGGUGUUGACAGCGGCCUGGAUGAUGAGGAUUCCAUCAAACGAAUGGAUUUUUUUCAGAAAUCCCAGUUUCACUUGUACGCAGUAUACCUAGUUGAUUUUGUGGCACUUUGCAAAGAUAGUAUUUUUGAUGAGAUCAUUUUUGAUCUAUGCUUUUCAUUGUAAAUCAUGCUGUGCGGUGCAGUCCUGCUUCAGAAACGAUUGCGAAAGGCUUUUUAACGAAGAAGGGCUAUAAUUGUGAUGAUUUAAUCCUCAUCGAGGUGGGUGAUCUUUCGUCUGAAAUGAUUUAUGAUCACUUUUUGUUGCACUUUGCACAAUUGUCAGUGUGUACAUUACACGGGGUAAAGAAUAAGGUUUCAUUCAGUAGCAGGUCUUCUUGCUGACGCUAAUGUUGUGUAAUUUUGUAAAAGUGUGAAAGCGUGACGUGUGAAAAAGCCCAUGCAAUGAAAUAAAGCUUAACUGCUUCCAACAAG